GGCCUGUGGAAAGAGCUUCACUUGUAAGCAGAGCCUCACUAUGCACCAAAGAAUCCACACUGGGGAGAAACCAUAUAAAUGCUCAGACUGUGGCAAGAGCUUCAUUCAGAAGGGACAACUCACUUCCCAUGAAAGGACCCACACAGGUGAGAAACCAUAUAAAUGCUCAGAGUGUGGAAAGAGUUUCAGGAAGAAGACCAGCCUUACUAACCAUCACAGAAUCCAUACAGGGGACAAACCAUAUAGAUGCUCUGAGUGUGGAAAGAGCUUUAGUCAUAAAGAGAGCCUUACUUCCCAUCAAAGAGUCCACACUGGGGAGAAACCAUACAAAUGCUUUGACUGUGGAAAGAGCUUCACUCAUAAGGAGACACUAACUUACCAUCAAAGAACCCACACAGGGGAGAAACCAUAUAAAUGCUCAGAGUGUGGAAAGAGCUUCAGUUGCAGUUCACGCCUUACUUACCAUCGAAGAACCCACACAGGGGAAAAACCAUAUAAAUGUUUAGAGUGUGGAAGGAGUUUCACCCAGAAGGACAAACUUAAUUCCCACCAAAGAAUCCACACUGGGGAGAAACCAUAUAAAUGCUCAGAGUGUGAAAAGAGCUUCAGUCAUAAUUCAAGCCUUGUUUCUCAUCAAAGAAUCCACACAGGAGAGAAACCAUAUAAAUGCUCAGAGUGUGGGAAAAGCUUCAGUCAGAAGGACAGCCUCACUUCCCAUCAAAGAAUUCACACAGGGGAGAAACCAUACAAAUGCUCAGCGUGUGGAAAAUGCUACAUUGACAACUCACGGCUAACUUCCCAUCAAAGAAUCCACACUGGGGAAAAGCCGUAUAAAUGCUCAGAGUGUGGGAAAAGCUUCAGUCAGAAGGACAGCCUCACUUCCCAUCAAAGAAUUCACACAGGGGAGAAACCAUACCCAUGCUCAGCAUGUGGAAAGAAAUUCCGUCAGAGCUCACACCUUACUUCUCAUCAAAGAAUCCAUGCAGGGGAGAAACCAUAUCAGUGCUCAGCUUAUGGAAAGUCCCUUGAAGUCUUUGAGACACUAACGUUUUUGACGUGUCCUACAGUUUUACCAGAACAAAGUGACUGAGAUCCCCCAGCAGAAGACAUGUGACUGCACAGCCC